AUGAAUAACAAAGACAAUAGAACGAUGAAUUACACAGCAAUUAACAACUGUGAAAAUGUAUAUAUGAACUCUCCUCAUGGACUUGUGAAUAAUACAAGUAUAAUUGCGCAAACUGUAGUAAUAGGAGACUUCAACACUGUAAAUAAUUACCAAGGGUCUUACCAGGAUGAAGAAAGCUCGGACGAUGAAAGUUUAUCAAACGACCAAGAGGAUCAGCUAGCGACCUGUGUUGCUACAAUUGAUGAUGGCACAUUGCAAGAAAUUUCACAAACUUUUGCUAACAAUUGGAAAAACCUCGGCAAAGCUUUGAACUUGUCGGCAGAACAAAUAGAUAAAGUGCGGUCAAAGUACAUGAGUAAAGGCCUGGAAGAACUGUCUUACCAAAUCUUAAACACGUGGAAGGAAAACCACAAAAAUCCAAUGAUAUGUGAUCUCGCCAAAAGUUUUGAGAAAAAUGAAGAUUUGGCAGAGGAGUAUAAAAAACAGUUAUACAAAGCGGUACUCAAACCUAAAAAUCACCCAGCAAUUGAAGGACCAGCACAAAGACUCUCCAUAGACUUGCCCACCUCCACACAAUAA